AUGCCGGGCAGCCGGCGGCCGCGGGCCCGCUCCGGGAACCAGCCUCGCCCCGCGCCCGCCAUGGAGCCGGCCGGCCGCGGGGCCUGGGCCCACAGCCGCGCCGCGCUCGACCGGCUGGAGAAGCUGCUGCGCUGCUCGCGCUGCACUAAUAUUCUGAGAGAGCCUGUGUGUUUAGGUGGAUGUGAGCACAUCUUCUGUUGUAAUUGUGUAAGUGACUGCAUUGGAACUGGAUGUCCAGUGUGUUACACCCCAGCCUGGAUACAAGACGUGAAGAUAAAUAGACAAUUGGACAGCAUGAUCCAGCUUUGUAAUAAGCUUCGAAGUUUGCUGCAUGACGAUAAACUUUCAGAUUUGAAAGAAGAUAUAUCUAGGAAAAGCUUAUUUAAAGACUCAGAAAAUAAGAAGAAUUCAAUAAAAAUGUGGUUUAGUCCUCGAAGUAAGAAGGUCAGAUAUAUUGUGAAUAAAGUUUCAGUGCAGACCCAGCCUCAAAUUGUAAAUGAUGAGAAUGCUCAGCAAGCCUCAAUGUAUGAAUUUGUUUCUACAACUCCUCCAGCAAAUAUUUCUGAGAGGCCUAAAAAGACUUCUACAAGGUCUGGGAAAAAGCAAAAGAAGAAAACUUUAAUUGAAAUCCACCAAGAAUGUAAGGCAGAAACAGAACGUUGUGAACUUGAGUCUAAAGAAUUUAAAGAAAAACUGAUCUCAUUCUCUAGCCAAGCAUCUCUUAGCGCUAGCCCUCCAAGAAAUGGUGAAAUAGACUUGCUAGCAAGUGGUUCUGUGAUAGAAUCUGAAGAUUUUGGAAGCUUAACUAAGAUUUCCUUACCACUGGCUGAGCACAUAGUGUCUCCAGAAAUUGAGAGUAAGAAUGAAAAAGUUCCUGAGGAAAAUCUCUGUGAAAAUGAUCUUGCAUCUAAGCAGUCCUUGUCCUUAGAUGAUAAAGGAAAACGUGGACGUAGCAACAGAAGGCUUUCCAAUCCCAUAUCUAAGAGAUGUAGAAGCAGCAUUCCAAGCACUGGUGGAAAUUCUAUUAAGCAGACAGUGCUCUCAGAAGACAUACCAUUGCCUCCUGACUGUUCUUCACCACCUUCAAGCAGACUUAACGUUGGUGACAAAUCAAGAAGGAAAAACAGCACUAUAUUAGAUGAGCCCAUUAACCUAUUGCCAGGCACACCACCUUCUACACUGAAUAGUGCAAGUUAUAGACGAAUGAUGACUAGCCCCUCAGCCAUGAAGCUGUCAUCGAGUAACCUUGUGAAGAGAAAUCACAGAGGAGAGACUUUGCUCCAUAUUGCUUCUAUUAAGGGCGAUGUACCUUCUGUUGAAUACCUAUUAAAAAAUGGAAGCGACCCAAAUGUUAAAGACCAUGCUGGAUGGACCCCAUUGCAUGAAGCCUGCAAUCACGGGCACCUGAAGGUUGUAGAAUUGUUGCUCCAGCACAAGGCACUGGUGAAUACCACUGGGUAUCAGAAUGACUCCCCACUUCAUGAUGCAGCCAAGAAUGGGCAUGUGGAUAUAGUCAAGCUCUUACUAUCCUAUGGAGCCUCCAGGAGCGCUGUUAACAUAUUUGGUCUGCGGCCUGUGGAUUAUACAGACAGUGAAAAUAUGAAAUCGCUAUUGCUACUACCAGGGAAGAAUGAAUCAUCAUCAACUAGCCAUUGCUCAGUAAUGAACACUGGUCAGCGUAGGGAUGGACCUCUUGUACUCAUAGGUAGUGGACUUUCUUCAGAACAACAGAAAAUGCUCAGUGAGCUUGCAGCAAUUCUUAAAGCUAAAAAAUGUGCCGAAUUUGACAAUUCUGUAACUCAUGUCAUUGUUCCUGGUGACACAGUUCAGAGUACCCUAAAAUGUAUGCUUGGGAUUCUCAGUGGAUGCUGGAUCCUAAAAUUUGAAUGGGUGAAAGCAUGUCUACAAAGGAAAGAAUGUGAACAGGAAGAAAAGUACGAAAUUUCUGAAGGCCCAAAGAGAAGCAGGCUCAAUAGAGAACAGCUGUUGCCAAAGCUAUUUGAUGGAUGCUACUUCUACUUCGGGGGAACCUACAAGCACCAUCCAAAGGACAACCUUGUUAAGCUUGUCCACGCUGCAGGGGGCCGGGUCCUCAGCCGAAAGCCCAAGCCCGACAGCGAUGUGACCCAGACCAUCAACACAGUGGCUUACCACGCCAGGCCCGCUUCUGACCAGCGCUUCUGCACUCAGUACAUCAUCUACGAAGACGUGUCCGGUCAUCGCCCGGAGAGGGUCCGGCAGGGCAAAGUCUGGAUGGCUCCUUCCAGCUGGUUUAUAGAUUGUGUGAUGUCCUUUGAGUUGCUCCCUCUUGACAGCUGAAUAUACCGCACCCGAUGAACUGUUGAGAUUGAACUUGACUGAGAACCAGCAUUUGCACAGUUUUGAUCAUUCACAUUUUUACAAAUAGGUAGACUAGUUCCUAUUACUUUUUAUCCUUGAAAAGUAAGUCGUGUCAGACUAGGAAUUCAUUCUGUUUACUGAGAUUGCUUUGAAGGAAUUUUCUUUUUAAAACUGGUGUAUGUUUUGAUUCAUCAUGUCUUUCUAUUCAAAUUGUCAGCUAUCAAAGAUUAAUGAGAGAGCAUGAAACUGUUGGUUAAAUAUGGAAGGGGUAUCAUUAUUGUCUCAGCUGUUUAAUGCUCUUUGAUGAAAAAAAAUCCAUACCUGCCACCAGCAAGUGUACCUGUCAUUGUUUAGUAAACGAAGAAUAUUGUCAAAUAAUUUAUCCUGACUUUAUUGUAAUAAAAAUAGAGUACAGAUCUAAAUGUUCCCCACAGGGUUAAAUUCUCCUGUUUACAGUUUUCUCCCUCUUUCAUUGUGUUUAGUUUUUAUAAUUUACUUGGAAUCCUCUUCCACAUUUUUAUCCCUUAUUUUUAGCUUGUAUAUUCAUCAGGCAAUCAUGAUUUGAACCUUAACAGUGUUGUUCUUUGGUGAAAAUCAACCUUGGGCUCAUGGCACAUAUUUUUAUUGUGUACACGUAGUGUUAACUAUCCGUUUAUAACUUUAUUUACUAUAUGUAUAGAUACGUUGAGCAUUUUCUCUAACAUUUUAGUAUCAAUAUUUCUUAGGUUUCACUGGACUAGUCAGCAAAUUGUCAAUCAAAUGUUAAUACAUUAAAUUAGGAAGCAGUUUUUUUCUGGUAGACAUUGCUCGACAUUAAAGUAAUUUUUUUUGAAGGUCUAAAUUUCUUCCUUCACUGUAUUUUGAAAAUACGUACAUUCCCGAGGAGGCAGAAGUUGGGGAUUAUUUGAUUUUGAACAGAUUUUGUCCAUAAGGUACAAAAGGCCAGAACAACAAGUCUAGAGAUAGGAGUGGAAGGACGUAACAGUGCCAAGACAGUGCCGGCUGCAGGGUAGCGGCCAGGACACCGAGAGCGGGGAAACCUGGGAGGUUGCUGCCGUCUCAGUGUUCCCAUUUGUGAAUCGUUUAAAAAGUUUUUAAGAAGCAGAAUUCUUUAAAAAGUCUUCCUAGAAAUGGAGUGGUCUUAUGAUAAUAAAGACACGAGAAGGGAGAUACUGUGAGAACUGCCAGUUUGAGAACAGUUUGAUAAAUAACGACUGCAUUUGAACUGAGAGUUUUAAAGAUCCACUUUUUUGAAAGUUUGAUAUUCUGCUGAUUAUUUCAGAAUACAUUUUAACUUAUUUCCUCCUUUGACAUGUUACUUUUUCAUAUCAAGAAAUGCAUUAUGUGAGCAAAAUAAUAUACUGCUGACCCUGACCUUCAAGGGUGAGUUAACUCUGAAACACUCUCUUUAACUGGUAAUGUGUUUGUCCCACGUUUCUCUCUAAUGGAGAAUGAUGAACACCAUAGCACCAAACAGAUCGGAGGGGUUAGAUAAUGUCUGGAUUAAAUAAUUUAAGAUGGUCUGGGAUUUGGGUUGUCAUUUUUGAUUUAUAACUGACUUUCAGUCACUUUCUAUUGCCUCAUUGGUCACAUUCCUAGACAGGUAUGCGUCUGUACUUCCGAUUUGAAUUUCUCUUUGUAAAUCACCUCUGGGCAUUGCUGCUCACUUUUACUUCAUUUAUUUACUGUUUGUCCCCUUCCUGCUCUGUCAUAUUUUGUCCCUCCACUCUUAGGCAGUUUUAUUUUUGGUUUCCUAAAUGAUUUACAGUGGAUUGAUGUGAAGCUCUUGAAACUUGUACUUUUCAAUAUAGAUAUGCUUGUAAUUGUUUUCAUUUUUCAAUCAUAGAUGCAAGCGUUCUUUUUGUUUACUAUAAAUGAUUAAAGUUAUUUGUGUUUCCAUCUCUCUGUGUCUUCUUUGGAAGUGGUUUGUUCUGUGCUAGUGAAGAAUCAGACUGAGAAAGAUCUGUGAAAGAAUCAGCUAGCAAAAGCUUCUCCUUUUGAACAACAGUGCGCUUUAAUUUUGGAUAGAACUAUUUCUAAAGGAUAUUGGCUACUUUAUUGUGCUUAAAUAAUAAUUUCCGAAUACAAUGUGAGCAUGUUAGGAGGAAGUUAAAAUCAAGAGCGUCAGUCAUUUCUUCAUUUAUGAUAAUUUAUUUAGCUAAACUCCUGCUACUGAAUAUUUGGAUUAUUUCUUU